CAAUGUUGUGAUGUGAUGCUUAGUGGAGUUGAUGGCAUGGGUUUCUUGCUUCCUCUGAAGUUGUUGACACUCAAAUGUUUUUUUCUCAUUACUAGAAGCGUAUCCCGCGGAUGAAAUCUAGAUUAUCUAUAUCUGAUCUAGAUCAACAUCUAGAAGAUCUUCCACUGGAUCAUUCACUCGUCCUAACGACGAAAAUGACCAACUCCAAUCGUGUUUCCUUGGCUCGUGUCUUCUUUGCAAGAAGGGCGCGCUAUAACCUCGCUCGCAAGAUGCGAGGUGCUGCAACGAUAAUACGCGGUCUAUUGGCCUCUACGUCUUUCGUAUUCGUCAUCUCGCAGUAUGCGGCUUACGGCUUGGCCUCGAGCACCCUUGACACUAGAGCACAGAGGACACUGACUCACAACGGCAUAGUAGUCGUUGAUAAUGGAGGAGAUGAAGGUGUGCUAGAAGGAGGUCGUAGUGGUGGAGAGGAAGAUGAACUUCCUAUGCCAGAUGAGUCCUCUGAUGAACAAGCUCAACAAGAUUCUUAUUUCGAGGCGAGAAGAAGAUCAAACGAGCCGUCAAGUAGAGCGUCAACUGUGUUGCUCCAGCGAGAAGGUAGGAGUAGAGGUGAAGAGGACAACAACCAGGAAGAGGCGGAUGACCCAAGCAGCAACGGAUCACCACCACCACCACCACCAUCAUCAUCAUCAUCAUCAUCAUCAUCAGCAUUACAAAAAACGACGUCUCUUCAAGAGCAAGGUCAGGACCAAGGAUCCGAAACAUCAGCAUUGCAAACGACGUCUCUUCAAGAGCAAGGUCAGGGCCAAGGAUCCGAAACUAAGAAAUUCGUCGACUGGGUGACCAUGGCGACUACUGCUAAUAAUCGCGCUGUCCCUGACACCUUUGACUACAACUAUAAUCCGCUUUUGAGCAGCAGUGGUGAAUCAGGAUCCUCGAAUUAUGCAGCGCAGAACAACGUCUACUAUGAGAGCCCAUUUAGUGCUAGUGGGGGUGCUUCGGAAACGCCUAUGGAGCGUGCGGGAGGAGGCUUUUCUAGUGCGCCACAAAGUGGAGGCGUGUACGACUCAAGUUAUGGGACUAGAGUGAUAAUAGAUGGGGAUCUCUGCUGCAGUGAAUUUGCACGCUAAGUUAGGUUUGCAAUUUCCAGUCUGGUAACAGCUAGACCUUCAUACAGCUAGGACUCAACAGACAGAAUACUAACGAUUUAAGGUAGGUAUGGACUAAGCUCCAAACAAAAGUAAGCCUCUAAUCACCGGCGAGCCCCUACGACUACUACGCUGGCGACGGACCCUUCACGCUCUUCAUCUACCAGAUUAUACGGCUCGCCUAUAGCUACUGGGAUUCCUAUAUGUCUGUGGUAUUGGGAUUGCGACCACCACCCUUUUCAAGUGCGGAAUGGAGGUACUACUCUCCUUGUUGUACGUAUGCUGGAGAACUUGCAGUCUGUACAUUUGAUUGGUGACCCAAAAAUAGACUUAGACUUUGCUUAUAUGAUAAGUACAUGAUCAUUAUGAUCAGAUCAUAUUAAGCGGCAGGGAUGAAAUAGAUGAGAUCCACAUCCACCCAUUGGUAGGAACAAAAAAUCACAGGCGCUACGUUGGGCCCAAUCAGCCACCGCCUCCGCGUGGUCCUUGUUUCUCCCCCAUUGGCGAGUCGACGACCUGUCCAGUAGCUUCGGUGGAUCUCGGUGUGACGCAGACAGUUGAGGAAUGUGCAAGGAAGGGACAACACUGCCAAGAAACUGCCUGUGCUUCUUCUUCAUCCGCUGAUGUUGUGGGGAGGCCUGUCUAUGACACCUUCGUUUUUGGACGACCAUUGAUUCCGGUAUCUGCUCCUGCGGCAGCUAGUAGUUUGCAUCAGACGGGAAAGCAGUCAACGUCUGCGUUUCAACAACAAUCAGAACAGCGUCUCCCAGUACCAUUGGCAGCACCCGCACUGCUGCACAUGCAUGAGGGGACGAGGUUUUUGACUAGGACUUCUGGCGGAGGAGGAGGAGCCGGGAAUGCUGAACUACAUCAUGAUGUACCAAGAAGUCGUGGCGCACUUAGCUUUCUUGAACAAGAAUCAGUUUUGAAUAGGAGAUGGAGUAACCCCCUGACACCCUCUGCUUUUGUCCAGAACACGCUGAGCGGACGAGGUGCCUGGGUGCCACCUAUGCCAGGUCCAGCACCUAUGAUCAUGCCUCAAAUGCCUCCUCCGGGUGGAUCACCUGGAGGGCCCUACCCGUACUACAAUCCUAACAUCAUGCCUCCACCUCAACGAUUUCCGAAUCCGCCCAGCCCGGCUGCACCUCCACGCUACUUCCCUCCGAGUAGUGGUGGUUCGGGAUAUGGUGGAGGAGGUGGCUACAACAGCUAUGGUGGCUACAAUCCAGUACCAGUAGCUAUGGUUCCUCCUAGUAGCUAUGGAUUAUAUCCAUCUAGCAAUCCAGGAAAUCCAUCUAGUAGUCCCAGAAGUAUAUUACCCCAGCAACGCAACCGUGAAAUACCAAGACAGCCGAGUCCAGCGGCUUUUCGUUGCUUCCUCAAAAAGUCUGGCAAUGGAUGCUACGGCAAGCUAGUCCCCGACCCUUACUUUGACGCCUUCAUGCUGACGCAGUGCCAAAGGACCAUUGAGCGGAAGGAUAAAGUUUGUCUUACUAGAGUGGAAAAAGGGAGUUAUUGUCAGGCCAACAUGAAGUACUUGGGGAAAAGUCACAAUCCGAGUCACUGUGCAUUAGCCAUACGGAAGGAAGGAGCGCUGUUUACGUUCGGUACUUCCUGACUUCGAACAACUUUGAGGUUCUUUUCUGCAGUUUGUGCUGUAUCUAUGCAAUCUGUGAAGAAAGACAAAGACUGAGUGACAUAGGCAUUACUACUUCUCCUUCACAAGAAUUAUUCCUUCUUACUGUUCGUAACAACUAUUCAAAAACUCAAGCGACAGAACUCAUGACAUAUUUACAGAGUAGUUUAUAGCACGCAUGGAGUAGCAUGGAGUGCAUGGAGCGCAGAGCUUUAAGGGGCGCAAGAAGCUCCCCCUUUAGCUCCAUGCUGCCCCAUGUGAUCCAUGCACUCCAUGCCAUGCGAGCUGUGAAACCUUAUAAAUUGCUCUGAUAUUAGUACUACUAACUUCUAUGUCAAUACUUGUUCCCGCUGUUCCCCUCAGGUGACCUGGGUCCCGACUCCGGUGGGUGCUAUGAGGUUUUAACAAGCGAUCCACAUUGUCCUGGCGGUUUCAAUGUCGAUGUGAGGUAUGAUACCUACAGGAUCAGUGAUUGCGACAUGGAAGGCAACCUCAUCACGUUCGUCUGGAAUUUGCUUUGUUGGGCCGUAUUUGUAGUGAUUGGGGGAACGCCGCUAUGGCUCUUACUCCUUUGCUGCUACUUCACCUGUUGCGAUAGCACGACGUCUCUUUGGGGAUGCUGCUAUGAGCCGCCGCCAGGGUAUUUCUACAAUGUUCCACCCGCUCCUCAAUUGGCAGGUGGGAGGCCGAAUGCAGUUCCUUUUGUGAUAAGACCAGAUGAAGUUGGACUACCUAUAGUACCUGGUGCCGCGGCCGGACAACAUCCUAACGCCGAUUACCAUGAUCAUCAUGCAGGACCAGGAGUUGAUAAAACUUCCAGUAUGAACAACUUCAACAAUGGAGCAGGAAAGGACCCAUCUUCUGCUAGUGCUGUUGGAGAAAGAGGACAUGCAAUCGGAGCUACAGGAGAACGAAUCGUAGAAGUACCAAGGCAGGGCAACAUGGCCCCAGGAGGACAACUGCACCCUUACUCCAUGUCAAUCAACAUGCCAUCAACGAUGCAUGACGAAGACUAUCAUGAACAUGUCUGGUCACAUCAAGUUCACAGCGUGAAUCAGCACAUGUUGGCAGAAGUGGAGCAACACGGUAUGACACCCGCACAUUCUGGCAGACCACAACUUCAGGCAGUGCCAUUUGGUGGAACAAGAAACAAUAGGAAUAGUGCGACUCCUUCUGGUGCUGCUUCCAUACUGGACGGCAUCCAAGAGGUAGAUGAGAGCGAGUUCUUGCGUGAACAGCAAGGGAUGUUGGAGCAACUCACAGGUCAAGGCGCUGCAAGUAUUUCAGGAGGACACGCAGACCAGGAUCGAACAAGAGCGUCGAUUGUUAUGGCCAGAAUAUAGAAUUAGAAGUAUCCAUACAUUGCAAGUGCUCUAAACUCUUUGUUGAUUCCAGUACGAGUACCGAAUAACACAAGGAAAUAUGUUUUGCGCUCUUGUAAUCAAAAAAAAACUCAAAUCCUAAUUCUCGUUCUUCUAAUACCAAAGAUGACGAUGACGACAUGGCAGUCGAAGACGAGCUGUCAUCUCACGCUGCGCAAAGUCCAGCCAGUCAAAUGCAGAGAAAAAAGAGAUUGAACCCGAAUAGGGGUGGCUCUGCUGAAGGCGAAGCAGUAGCUCCUGAAGGUGAAUCCGGAAUGGAUCCUGCAAUAGUGAAUGCACCUGUGGAAGCUGGCUCUGAUAUCUUCGCUUCUGCGGAAGGGGGUGCACGCACGACAGCAGAGGAGCUGCCUGUGUCAUCUGCUGUUGAGGUAAAAAAUGUUGGGGAACAAGUAGAGAAUGCUGGAGGCCCUGCUCGAGAUCCUGCACUACCUUCGGUGGCUUCAAUAUCCUCCGAGAAUCCACCUCCUUCCUCGUCUCAGAUAGUACCCACGACAGGCUCACCUGCAAGUCCAAGAUUAGGGUCAGCUAGAGAAGAGGGUGGAGGCUUUGCUGUGGAGGAUUAAGGAAGAACUUUGCGUGUGGUUCUGGGGAAGCAGGAACGCCUCUCUGCAGACUCUGGGAGAUAUGAUCGAAGCGAAGAGCUGUGCCUACUUGCAUGAGAGGGAGAUAGGUAUAAUCGAAGCUAGAAGAACAAGUAGAACCUACUUGCAUCGGACAUGAUCGAAGCGAAGAGCAAUAAGCACUGACCCCUCCUCGUCCAUGAUGUUCUUUGGUUUGCUUUUUCCUCAGAAAAAGUGUGCAAGUUGGGUUAGUUUGAGAACUUUGAUUUUUUCAUCUCUUCUUUUCCGAGACGAAUUGCAAUUGUCUGACGAAAGUUCCAUGAU